AAACUCCAUUUUCAAAAACAAAACAAUCUCUUGGCAUCAACAAAAGAGAAAUCAAAGGUCCAUUUUUUUCCUCCCUCGAAGUAUAUCCAGAAGACAAUAGGAAUGGCUUUGGUGAGAGGUCUAUUGGGUGGGAAGAAGAUCCUAAACAGAGUACCAAAGGGACACAUUGCGGUGUACGUCGGCGAGGGAGAGAAGACGAGAUAUUUGGUGCCUCUUUCGUACUUGGAUCAACCUUCCUUUCAAGAACUGCUUCGUAGAUCCGAAGAGGAGUUUGGUUUCAGCCAUCCGAUGGGCGGACUGACAAUCCCUUGUCCCCAACAUGUUUUCAUCACCCUAACUUCUCGGCUCCAUUGACGAGAAAACACCAACCUAUUUUUGUCUUAGUGUAGCGAUUGAGUUUUUCCUCUAUGUAAAUACACGCACACAGUUUUCUCCUCUUUCUUUUUUGUGUGGAAACCAUUUCUAUGUAGAGGAUGUUCUUGGAUAAGUUAGUAAUGGUUUCAUACAUGUAAAUGUAUCUCUACCCAAAAUUUGGAUUCUCAAUGAUUUUGUGGGCUUAAAAUAUUA